ACUGGGUUUCGGUUAAGGAGAAAAGCAAGCUGAGCACGAGCCACUUCACGUUAAAUCAUCCAACCGCUCGCGAGAUAACGGAGGCGCUGACUACUCGGAAACACGUUUUGUUUCAAGAAUUUGUUCUCAUUUUGAACGUUAUUUUGGAAUAAGCAUACAUUAAUCUGACAGUUGUUGAAUUUCAAAUAGUUUCUGUUUUGAAUUCGCUCGAGGAGUAUCGAGUGAUACAGAGCGUUUUCCGCGAAGUCGGUUCUCUUACAGUUGGAUCAAGUCCUUUUUGACGGUUUGAUCAUGAAUAAGGAGGCCAGCACUGGGCGUCUCAGUGAGAGUGUGAAGCUCAUCUUUGAUCAGAAGGCUCCAUCUGGUCACAGCUCCUCUUGCUCCAGCAGCAGCAGUGACAGCUCGUACUCCAGCAGCAGGGGGAGCCGCACCUCCCGCAGGUCACGGAGCUCAUCACGGAGCUCAUCCUCCGACAGUGGCUCUUCCUCACCCUCACGCUCUCGCUCACGUUCCCGCUCCCAUCCACGCUGCUCAGGCCGCUCACGCUGCCGUCACAGACACCAUUCUCCUCCUCGCCGCUACCGGGCUCGCUCCCGCUCUUUCAGCCCUUCUCCUGAGCAUUCCUCCCACCGCAGACGCUACCAUCGCCGCAGUCGCUCUCCAUCCCCCUACGGCUACUCCAGACGUUACAGGCGUUCUCCGUCCCGAUCCCGCUCUCGCAAUCGCUCACCGGUCUACUGGAGGGGAAGCAGGUUUGUGGGGAGGUACCGGUGCCGUUUCUCCCGCUCACCCAGGAGCUCCAGAGAUUACAGAAGCCGCUCUCGCAGCCGUGAACGCUCUGCGGUCCGCCUCAGCCUUGAGGAGAAGAAGAAUCUGUUAAAUGUGGCCAAAGCAAAUGCCACCAGGAUUCUUGGAGUGCAGAACUUAGAGCUGCCAGCUAGCCUGAAGGAGCUGGAGGAGGAGAAGAGAUCUUCAUCAGAUAAAGAGGAAAGGGUGAGCGCUGACCGGGUGCCACAGAAGACACCAGCACAGGUAAAUGUUGUUGCCAGUGAUGAUGGCGAGGCAGAGGCUUCUCCGACAUCUCCCAAGGGGAAGGCAAUUAACUUCAGCAUCAAUAAUACCAUCGCCAGACCAUCAAACAGCCCAACAGUCCAUGACAGUAAGGUAACAUCAAGAGCCGACAGCGUAGCAGACAGGAAGCCAUAUGGACAGUGGGUCCCCAUCAGCAGAUCCUCUUCUAAAAAAUAAACACUGAGAUUCAACAGUGACGUAAAAAGACUGUAUAUAGUGUAAAUAGUUUGUGUAGUGAUCACUUGGGGUAGAGUGGGGCGGGUGGGUGGUUAGGGGA